UUCACUUAAAAAGUGGUUGAAGUUCUUCAGAAAUUGUGAGGAAAAACUUUCAGAAAUCUAAAAAUUUUCUCGGUUUUUCCAACCUUCUGAGUCACUUUUCUUGUCUGAGGAUUAAAUCUGGCAUCUGCUGAGAGUCUCCUGGAGGUUUCAACGGAGGAACCACUGAGGAUCCACCGACCCUCUCUGCUGGCUGAGGUGCACCCAGACCACUCCCCCUGUGCGUCUUUGCGCGCCUCUAUUGGCUGCCGGGGCUGCAGCGCUGCCUGGACGCGUCUCCUGUCAACACUUUAAACUAUUAAAAGUCUCCAAACUGCUCCAUCCUGCCGCACACUUGUUGCUGCCGCCACUCGCUGCGCUCCGGAGGACACCUGAGAACCGCUUCAGCUUCUCCUGCGGGACUUGUGCGGGGAGUGAUGAACUCCAUCGACCCUCAGUCCCAUCACCAGCAGCACCAGCACCAGCACCACCACACCUCCCCGACCGUCGGUUCGCUCCCACCCAAAGGCGCCCAGGAGGCCCCGGACAUGGCCGCCGUCUACUGCGACAACUUCGGCAGCAUGUACCACCAGCAGAGCUUCCAGGGCGCGCAGAGACCCGCCGGCUACGGCCUCGGCGAUUACGCGUCGUCUCCAAACCCGUACCUGUGGCUCAACGGCCCGGGCGUCAACUCCUCCGCGUCCUACCUGCACGGGAACAACCCGGCGUCCUUCAUCCCGCCCUCCUACGGCUCCCAGCGGCAGUUCCUGGCCAACUCACCUGGCUUCGGAGGGCCGGACUUGGGCUGGCUGUCCAUCGCCAGCCAGGAGGAGCUGCUGAAGCUGGUGCGUCCUCCCUACUCGUACUCGGCGCUCAUCGCCAUGGCCAUCCAGAACGCGCACGAGAAGAAGCUGACCCUGAGUCAGAUCUACCAGUACGUGGCGGACAACUUCCCCUUUUACAAGAAGAGCAAAGCCGGCUGGCAGAACUCCAUCCGGCACAACUUGUCCCUGAACGACUGCUUCAAGAAGGUGCCGAGGGACGAGGACGACCCAGGUAAAGGAAACUACUGGACGUUGGACCCAAACUGUGAGAAGAUGUUCGACAAUGGGAAUUUCCGCCGGAAAAGAAAAAGACGCUCCGAUCCGAGCAGCGCCGGAGGAGCAGCGGCGGCGUCAGGAGCCACUAAGGUGGAGGACGGGCGGCCCCCGGGGGCACUGAAGCCGUCCGACAGCCCCCAGCUGAUGGGCCCCUCCUCCCCGGACAUGGAGGCCCUGACCGACAACCACAAAAGCUCGUCGUCGCCGCCCGGACUGGCUUCUUCGGCUCCGUGUUUUAACAACUUUUACAGCAACAUGUCGUCGCUGGGCUCGGGGGCCCCCGGCCGGCAGGGGUCCCUCGGCCUGGUGAACGAGCUGUCGAACAGGAACAUAACGGCCCUGAGCCCCUACCACCCCGGCCACGGCGGCGGCGGCCAGGACUCGGGGCCGACGGAGCACGGCGACGGCCUGCAUUUCAACCGUGGAGUCUACUACAACACGUUCGGAGGCGGCCAGAGCGGACAGUUCAACAGCCACUUCUACAACAGCUUCAGCGUCAACAGCCUCAUCUACCCGAGGGAAGGGACCGAGCUAUAGGGGCCCGCCGGCUCCACGGACUCGUUUUUGCUCUGUGAAAACAAAACAUUCAUGAUUUUAUUGCUCCUUAACCCACCAAGAAACCAGAGAGACUAGAACACGUCGAACAUUUUCCACAAUUUGCAUUCUAGUUGGGGGGGAAAAAACACCCAGAAAAUCCUAAAGAUAAACUCUUAGCUUUUAUUUUUUUAACUGUAUCCUUCUUUCAGAGGUAAAAGUGCAUCAGCGCCUUGUAUUUGAGCUCUUUUCCACUCUGUCAUGUGUAAAAUCUAAAUAUGCAUUUAGGAUUUUUGCGGGUUUUGCAAACAUAAUACCAGUAACAAACUAUAGAUGCUUUUAUUGCAGCAGAGAGGUUAGAAACUCUUCCUUCACUCACCAACAAACCAGAAAGGAUGGAAAACAUCGUAUAUUUUGCACAAUUUGAGUGCAAAUUGUGCAAAUAAAACACUCAGAAAAUCAUAAAAAUAUAAGCUCUUAUGCUGUUUUUAGCUAUGUCCUUCUUUCAGUAGUAAAAGUGCAUAACAGGUCUUAUAUUUUAACUGCUUUGUCACGUGUAAAAUCUAAAUAUGCAUUUUGGAUUUGCCAAAUACAUGCUUUUAUUGCAGCAGAGAGGUCAAAAACAACUCAUUUACUCAAAAAACAACCAGAGAGAUGAGAAAAAAUCAAGUAUUUUGUGGAAAAUCACCCAGAAAGUCACACAAAGCAGCACUUAUUUUGUGUUUUUUUUUUUAAACGAUAGUCUUUUCUCGGAGAUAAAAGUGCAUCACUGGUCUGAUGGUUGAACUAUUUUUCCACAGUUUUCCUUCAAAACCCCUCUGUCAAACCAGAACGAUUAGAAAACAGUAUAGUGGCCAAUUUGCAUUCAAACUGUGAGGGGGGAAAAAAAGACCCAGAGAAUCACAAAACAAGCAUUUAUCUUCUUAUUUUUACUAUUUCAUGGCAUAUACUUUGCUCUGAGUGGUAAAAGGGUUAAAAUCACUCUACCCGGUGCAAAAUAGAAAUGUGCAUUUUUUUUUAAUUUUGACUGGUUUAGCCAAAUACAGCCCAUAACUAAAUAUACACCCCCUGUCAAAAGUAUUGAGACACUUUCUCAUUCAAGUAAAUGAGACCCCGUCUCAAUACUUUUGACAAGGGGUGUACAUGCAGGUUAAAAACGCCUCCUUCACUCAACAGCAAACCAGAAAAACGAGCAAACAGCGAGUAUUAUGCACAAUUUGCAUUCAAAUUGUGGAAAAAAACACAUAGAAAGUCACAAAAAACAAGCACUUAUCUUUAUUUUUUUACUCUCGGUGGUGAAAGUGCUUCUCUUUGAACUAUUUUUCCACUCUGUCAUGUGCAAAAUCGAAAUAUGUGUUUAGUAUUUUUGCCAGUCUUGCCAAAUACAGCCCAUAAUGAAAUAUAGAUGCAGGUUAAAAACUUCCACCGACCUUCACUCACCAACAAACCAGAAAGACUACAAAACAACACAUAGUUUGCAUAGUUUGUAUUCAAAUUAUGGGGGAAAAAAACGCCCAGAAAGUCACAAAAAUAAGCACUUAUCUUUAUUUUUUAACUAUCUCCUUUUCUCAGAGGCAAAAGUCCAUCACAGAUCUUAUAUUUUAGCUUUUUUUCAACAGUUUUUAUGUUGUGCGUUCAGGAUUGUUGCCGCCUGUUUUGCCAAAUACAACCCACAACAAAAUACAGAUGCUUUUAUUACAGCGGAGAGGUCAACAAUACUUCCUUUGCUCAGUGACUAAGCAGAAAGAUUAGAAAACUACAGGUAUUUUACACAACUUGCAUUCAAAUUGUGGGAAAAAAGCACCCAGAAUGUCAAAAAAAACUUAUUUUCAUUUUUUUUCAACUAAAUCCUGUUCUCAGUGGCAAAACUGCAUCAAUGAUCUUGUAUUUUAACUAUUUUUUCCUGUAAAAUAUACAUACAUUUUAAUAUUUUUGCUAAAUGCAUGCUUUUAUUGCAGCGGAGAGCUCAAAACACCCUUUUUUCUCACCAACACAGCAGAGAGAUUAGAAAUGAGCAAAUGUUUUGCACAAUUUGCAUUCAAACUGUGGGGAAAAGCACCGAGAACAUAACAAUAACAAGCGUUUAUCUUCUUAUUUUUACUACAUCAAAGCCCAUACUUUGCUCUAAAUGGUAAAAGUGCGUCACUGAUCUAUUAUUUGAACUAUUUUUCCACUCUGUCACCUGUAAAAUCUAAAUAUAUUUUUGUCAGAUACAUGCUUUUAUUGCAGCGGAGACAUCCUUCACUCACUGACAAACCAGAAAAAUUAGAAAACAGUGAGUAUUUUACACAGUUUGAAUGCAAAUUGUAUGGAAAAAAACACCCUGAACGUUCCAAAAACAAGCACUUAUUUUUAUUUUUUUUAACUAAAUCCUGCUGUCUGAGGUAAAAGUGUUAUAUUUGAGCUUUUUUUCCCCCAUUCUGUCACACGCAAAAUCUAAUCAUACAUUUGAUAUUUUUGCCCUUUUUUUCCCCAAAUCCAACCCAUAUGUUUCCUUUGUGGAGCUUCAUCAUCAACAAAACUCUGCCAAAGUUGCCUUUUUCUUUUCUCCAGACCGCCAUUACCUCAUAACUAAAUGAGAAAGAAAGUCGCCCUCUUCUCAAGGGUUUCUACCUUUUUAUAUCUUUAAAAAAAUGCAGUAAGAAUGGAUUGAACUGACAACAAACAGGGCUCACCUUAUUUUUCUACAUCCUCCACGUCGACUGAAACAAUACGGCUCGUGUAAAUACAUGUGGACUCGAUUAAAAAAAAUGUGUAUCUUUGUAAAUUAUAAGAAGAUAGUUUGUGACUAUUUAUGCUAUUUAUGCUAAUAGGCUUUUUUUUUUUACUACUGUUGUCCGAACUUAGUUUGAUUUAAAGCAGAAGUUAAAUAUUAGCUGAUGAAAUGCACCGAAAACAGUAUCACAAGAACCCAGAUGUCAUAAAUCUAAAUUUAUAUUUACAUAUAUCUAUUAAAAGCUAUAUUCUUUAUCAUGGAUUCUCUCAGGGUUCAGUGUGACAAUCAUUGAACGGCUUUUGUAUCUACUUUUGUCUCUUUUUUUAAUCUUUAUACACACAGCUUCCAGCCAGUUUCAAC